UCGAUUAAACGUUGUUCGCAAACAAACCGAAAGUAGAACAAGGAAAAAAGCAAAACUUCAGAAUAACAUAUAUUUGUAUUUUAAACUAUUGUCUAUCGCUUCCUGAAACAACAAGAAAUGUGAAUAAAGAAGAUGCAAUUUUCAUCAAAUUGAAAUUUGCGUUUUAGUAAGUUAUAACGAGAUAUCAGAAUAUUACCAAUGGCAUCUCCAGAGAAGCAUGGAGACCCAGAUGAGGCCUCCAACUACACAAAGUAUCCGCUGCGUCGCAUGGAAAUCUCCAUCAGGAAGUUUAUACAGGUCAUUGACAUUGACCUGCAGCGAUUACACAGGCACAAAGUAAAUGUGGAGAAGUUCAGCCGGUUACAAGACUGGUCCAGUCUCAACAAUGAGCAGAUUAACGCCUCCCGUACGAUCCAGCAAAUCAAGGCCAACGUGCUGGAGAUCGAGAAGUGUCGGCUUCAGGUAAAAGACGAGGACCUUGAAGCGUUCGACGAAAGAAUCCUGCCCAUGAAAAAGUCUGCGUUAGGAUCAGUUCAAGAUUUUUUCAGCAUUGCAACUGAGUCCUCAAGAAGCGCAGAGAAUACUCCAGAUGAUGUGACAACCAUGUUGUUUCCUGGACCUGGUUUGACCUUGAUAGGUCAAGGUCAGUCUCAUGACGACCUUCUACAGACCCAGGUUGCCGAGCGACCAGAGCACUCAGAAGUUGCGCAAUCUUGGGAGAUCUUACAAGAUAACCUGCAGGAGUUGAACACAAUGAUCCACCAGUUUGCAGCAGCAGUUCAGGAUCAGCAGGAAGGAAUCGACCGUAUCGAAAACAACAUGGAAAAGGCACAGAUAGAUGUUCAGGAGGGAGUCAAACAGUUAGGCAAGGCAUCAAAGUAUAAAGCGGCCAUGAUUCCAAUCAUUGGGGCAGCUAUAGGAACAGCUGUGGCAGGGCCACUUGGAUUGCUGGUUGGCCUUAAAAUAGGAGGCCUAGCAACUGUUGCUGGGGGAACUAUGGGCUAUAUAGGUGGACGCUUCGUGAAAAAACGUAGGCAGGAAGUAACCGACAUAGAACUUUCACAGUUAAGUCGCGCAUCGUCAAUGCCAGAUGUGAAAACGAUUGAAAAGCAAGAGACAAAAUGGUCGCUAUGGGGACGCCAACGUACUACCACGGAAUCUGACACCUAGCGGCACAAAGAAUAUUAUGGCAUACUUUAUUUAAUAGAAACAUUUGAUGUCUUAAAUUUAAAUGAAAAAUUGCAUACAGUAAAAUCAUUAUGAUUCGUGGACCAUUAAUUAUCGUUGAUUUGGUGCUUUUACCGACCCAGGAAUUUAACAAGACAAGACAAGAAAAAUAAUAAUUCAGACUUGCACAGUGCACAUCGUCUUAGCACUAGGUAUGUCACAGAGAUAAACAUUGUUAUAAUAUAAACAUAAGCACCAUCGUAUACGGUUACGAAAAAUUUUAGGUAAAAUACUUGUUAAAUAUGGAGGAUAACAAUUUUAAGUGAAGUCACAACGUUAGAAAUAUUAUUUCUUAAAAUCAGAGCUUCUUUUACAAAACUGGCUAAUUUAAUAAGUUGAAAUUUAAUCAUUGUAUUCAGCAAUUGGUGGAAUUUAUCAACAAAAGGCUUAAUAUUAUAACAUUGCUUUAGGCAGCAGGUUCUUCUUAUAUCAACGUAUAAAGUACAUUUACAAACAAAAUGAAACUAAUCUUCAAACUCUAAUUCAUUACAACAAAGGCAAUAACGUUCGUUUGGUGGUAUAUUUUGACACAAACACAUGGGAAAGUGACCAAAGCAAAUUUCUUAUGUUUUCUCCAAAAUUAGAAAUUUACAAUUUACCUGUCCACGAAAGUCAUAUUUGGAAAAACCAGGAAAUUUCAUGCUCAAGAAUAUUAAUGAUUUUACUGUAAGUGAAAACUGACAUUAAUCAAACCUCAUAAAGGAUUUGAUAACUUAUUAUGCAUAUGUUUGGUAAUUUUUAGCUCGGCUGUUUUCGGAGAAAACCCAAGGUAUUGUCAUUGCCAGCUCGUCGUCCGCCGUUCGGUGUUUGCCGACUGCCAUGCUAAAAACCUUACCAUUUGCUCCAUAAACAAAGUGCUUCCACCUACAACUUUUAAACUUCAUAUGUAGAUGCACCUUGAUGAGUUCUACACGCCACACCCAUUUUUGGGUAACAUACAAAAGGUCAAGGUCACUGUGACCUCUAAAACGAAAUAUGACAAGCUUUCAUUUAUUCAAAACCGCACCUGCAGCGGAGCGUUGGCACCCGCUGUGCGGUGCUCUUGUAUGAAUGUUUAAUGUUGAUUAGUAUUUAACUCAACAUAAUGUAAGUACUGUUUACGUUCAAGCGUUUCUAUUUCUUAAAUUUAUAGAUCUGACCAAAAAGUUUGAAAUCGUCAGUUUGUUGAUAUGUGGACAAUACCCUUAGAUUGUUGAUUGGAUAUAAUAUAUGAUUUUUGUAUUUGAAGAUUGUUUUUGUUAUGUAAUGUUAAAGUAGAAUUAAAUAAGAAGUAACAGGUGCAUUCUUCAUUCCUUGUUUUGAGAAAGUUUGUUUAUAUUUAUUUAUAUAUUUUUAAAACUAUUAGAUUGUCAUGUUUCUUUAGUAUAAUUCAAAACAAAGCACAAUAAGCUUUUGCCAUUUUUUUCUUCGUCGAGCAUUGUUUGUUCAAUUGGGAUAAACAAAUAAUGUCACUAUAACAAAUUAAUUAAAAAAGCUCGUGAUCACUCUAAAGGCCACAUUUAUAGCUCAAUCCUUAUGUCAGAACUUUUGUUGUAAUAAUAUCCCGUCAUUUGUUAAAACUGGGUCAUGGGGGAUAAAAACCAAGGUUACAAGGUCCAAUGCAAAUAGUGUGUGAACACUCUUAAAGCCAAAUGUAUAACCCAAUUUACAUAAAAAAUAGUUCAGAGAAUCUUUCCAAAUAACAUUUUACCUGAUUUCACAUGGGGUCACGAAUAAGGUCACAGGGUAAACUUAAUUAAAAGGCGUUUGAACAAUCUAAAGGUCACGUUUGUAGCAUAUUCUGUAUUAAACUAGUUAGAAUGUUUGGCCAAUAAUAUUUAGACCGAUUUAAGCAAACUGUAUCAGUAGAAGUCAAAACUAGUUCAAAAGGUCAAAUAAAAUAAAAAGCAAAAUAAAAACCUAGUUAACACUUAAGGUAACAUGUAUUGCCCAAUCUCAACAAAACUUCUUCAGACAGUUUGUCCACGUGAUAUCUCUGCUGAGUACAAAAUGGGUCAGUGGGUAACAAACGAGGUCACUUGGUGAAAUUUAAGAACAGUCUUGAGAACACUCAAGAGGUCGCAAAUAUAGCUCAAUCUUCACGAAACUUGGUCAAAACAUUUUUCCUAAUCAUAAUUCGUUCGAGUUCAAAACUGGGUCACCUAGGUUACUAGGUUAAAUUACAGUUAACGCUUAAGAACGCUCUAGAUGCCACAAGUAGUGCCCACUCUUCAUUAAACUUGGUCAGACCAUGUAUUCCAAAUUCCUAAGCCAAGUUCGAAACUUGGUACCAUGGGAUCAAAAAUUAAGUCAAAUUAAAGAAACUUGCUUAGAAUAUUUGUUCUUAUCAUAGGUAGGUCAAGUUCUAAAAUUGUUAUUAAAGCAUCACAAACGGUGUUUUGGGUCUCAUGUGAGAAACUUGAAAUAUAUGAAAUCUUAAAGCCAUAUUAAUCAACAAAACAGCGCUUUUAAUGACAUUCAGUGCUGUACUUGUGAUGUACUGUAUACUUAUGUCAUGAGACAUGCUUUCUUUAAGCAUGCCUACUUGUGUAGUUGCGAACAUAGUGGUUGUAAUAUAAGGUCAGUUGUGAACAGUUUGGGUCAGUAUGUACCCUAGCCAUGGUAAAGCAGUAAACUUGUUUUUGGAAAUGCAGCAAACUCGUUUAAGGAAAGGCAUUAAAAUAAGAAUAUGUAGUUGUUUUACUCUCUAUGUCUUUAUUAAUUAUGUUCAAUUUAUGUGCAUUAUAUCGUGAUGAAACAAAUAAAAUUUGUUUAAC